AUGGCCUCAGCGGCUUUUGACUCUGAACAGCAGAAGCUGUGGCAAAGCCUCACUCCUCCUGCCUCCCAGCCAGACACGGCAUCUUUGCACGACAAGGAGGCGCUUUCGGCUCUUGGGAAAUCCAGGGACACAGCGAUUUGCAUUCUUUCUGAUGUUGAGCCCGACACUGAGGGUAAAGAUGACGAGAGUCGAGAACUCAAUAGCUCACAUUCUUACGCAACACGUACCAGCACCCCGGACUAUCUGGAUCUCACCGGCACCGAACAUUGCGCAACUGAAUCAGAAGUUGCCAUUGGCGUGGUCACUGCGCCAACAGUAUCCCCAGCUUCAGCGGAAGCCGCCUCAGCUUGGCCGAGUGAGAUGCAAGCGUCUCACCUCGCUGAUGCCGAACCAAGCCAGCAAUCUUCUUGUGAGAUGAAUCACAUACUCACCGGAGAUACGUCUGCUUGUAAAGAUGUCAAUUUUGCAACGCCUCCUACUAGCCCUGAAAGCCAGCCAUACCCGGUUGCGGCGGACGGGCAACAGCUUCGACCUGUACCAGUCAGUGAUCGGAGCAACAUGAUCCUCGAUGCCGUCUCUGGCCAUGGCGCUUAUCGUGGCGCCCAGGGCCAUCCGGAUUCCUCCUCAACUUAUACGCACUCUCCGCGGACUGCCAGCCCCGCCGAGGUGGCCCAAGCGCCACCCCAGGAAAGCGAAGUACCCGCCGGCAGUUCGCGCGACGAUGCCAUUCCCGAAGCCCACACCCCAUCUCCCUCAAGGCCCUCGGCUGGACCGCAUCAAGGGCAAGUCUUGGAUGAUGUCGGUUGUGCGUCCAGCGAUGCCAAGUCCGGCGUCACGGAGGCUGGGUCUGGAUCGCCAUCUAAAGCCCAAGUAUCGUCGCCGUCGCCGUCUCUUCGCCGUUCCCGUCGCAAAUCCUUGCAAAUGCAUAAAACGAUGCAGUCCAGGGACGGUGAUACAGAUAGUGAAAGUUCAGGGAGCGAGGACGGCUUCAACGGGAUAGAAUCUCAACAACAGGAAGAGGGCUCUCCUUCACUUCCGGAUGGUGAGUAUUCUGGCUCAGAAGACGAUGAUGUCGAAGGUCGCAAGCGUCGCAAGGUUUCCAAGCCCCCUGCCUGUCUGGACCGCAGCAUCCCCACCAGUUCUCGUAGCUCUCGCCAACGGCGGUCAGCAACACAUACCGCACAGUCGCCGGGAGGGCUCCGAACGUCUACAUGCGGCAUUGAGAGCCCAAAACCAGCACAGGCAUUGCCAGCCCCCUCCGAGGCCAGCACGUUGCUCGCCGGAUUCGAGGAAUGGUCUCUCGAGAAUGUUUCGAUGAAACGCAUUACUGAAGAUGGCAGGACUACGUUUCAAUUCCAGUUUGAGUGGCCCCUUUGCCCAAAUCAUCCGCAACCCACCAGCGUGAUCCUCGAUUCAAUCCGCUCGGUCGCGACAAGAAAACAAACCAAGCGAGCUCCAGCAAGGCGGCCAAAGUAUUCAGAUGAUGAAGAUAACUUCCUCAUACGACUGAAGGAAGGGGAGCAGCUUGGGUGGGCAGAGAUUCGUCGGCGUUUUGCUCAACGUUACUCAGAACGAGGCGUCUCGGGUCUGCAAGUGCACUACUAUACGAAACUCAAGGGUCAUGGGCGAACUUGA